AUGCCGUCUGUCCAUUCGAAUUACUCUUCAACCGCUCCUGUUCCUUCCAUCAUCCUCAAGUGGAUAUCACGUGUGAGCUUCUGCGGCCACUUUGAGCGAAUGAAGCUGCUGGCUUGUGAGAGUUGUGGAACUGUAAAUGGAUACGACCUCGAGCUCCCUGAACCACCAUUAAUGGCCCUAUUGAAGUCGAAUGAAUCUCCAAUUGAUGAAGACGUGUACACGAUUCGCAACGUUGUUUGGCAGGUCGAAAGCAAUCUGGAACCUCUGGUUGCCGAAAUCGAUCGCCUCAAACGUGUAGUGACAGACCUCGAGGUCGCUCGCGAUACCCUACUCUCCUUUGCCAGAGAUCACCGUGCUAUAUUGUCCCCAGCCCGUAGGCUUCCUUCCGAAAUACUACAGGCGAUAUUCUUCUCCUGUCUGCCAUCGCGGAUUUCAGAAGAUUCUUUCGAUAUCUGGGAUGUGAGGCAAGCACCUUGGGUGCUAACUCAAGUUUGUAGUAGGUGGCGUUCAAUAUCUCUUGGGUGUCCAAGAUUAUGGGAGAACGUGGUACUCCACGCUCCAUCGCUGAAGCGACCUAUCCGUGGUCGUAUCCAGAUGCUACAAGCUCACAUCGACAGAGCCGGAAACCUCCCUCUACGCGUUCGGCUACACUCAGAGUACGAUAGGAAGGAGGAUAGGGACGUAGUCGAUAUACUCGUCAUUCACUCCUUACGUUGGCGAGUGUUGGACCUUAAAGUUCCCGUCACCCUGUUUAAAAUGAUGAGGCCAAUCAGUGGCAGGCUUCCUCAGCUUCAGAAACUCCAGAUAUACGCCCAGAAUUACCACGCAGAAGACGUCUCGUUCAUGUUCCGAAACACACCAGCUUUGCAGGACAUCCGCCUGGUUGUCACCCCGUUUUACGACAUCUACCCCACCUUUCCUUAUCAUCAACUCUUGCGUCUCAUGGGCUCAUUCAACGUUGAGCUAGCUCUUUCUAUACUCCAGCAGACUGGGAAACUGGUCGAUUGCAAAUUUUUGGUUUACCAACGGGAGAGUUUCGUACGUAUGCCCAGCUGCGUGAUUCGUAUGUCGAAUUUGCGCACGCUCGACCUUCGUUUAGAACGAAAUUACAAGUUUUUGAACAAACUCGAUCUUCCAUCCUUGGAGGAGCUUCACUUGCAGUCUAUAGAGCGGGCUCGAGGUGCAGAUUUUCACGAAGAGCUUCUCAGGCCAACCCCACUUCUCGAGUUGAUCGCCCGCUCUUCGCCACCCAUUCAAGAGUUGUGUAUUCGGGACUCAUAUUGGUCUGAAGACGAGUUCAUAUCAUUGCUCCUUGUCAUUCCCGCCGUCAGGAAGCUCGAGCUCUCCAUUGUUCAACAUAUGUUGGACUUGUCCAGCCUCAUAUUCGACCCAGAUCACGCCUCCCUUCCACUCGUACCCAUGCUUUCUGAACUUUCAUUGGAAGUGCAUUCCCAGCUAAAUGCAGAUGGCCUCUUGGACAUGAUCGAGUCGCGAUACAGGACUGGCCCUUUAUCUUCCGUUCCCCCGCCUAUCGUCGGGCGCUUGCAGAGAUGCCACGUACGCACCGCAGCGAGUUUCCGGUCAUCAAUCAUGGUGACUGUGCGAUUGGAAAAGCUGCGAGCUGAAGGCAUGGACGUAUUCAUCACGGACCAGAGAUACUUGUGA